AUGGCCCUCGAUGCUGAAGCAUGUCCCGCUUGCCAAGACCUCGCGUUCAAGAGAAGCCGCGACGAGCACGGCGCGGAAAACCCCAAAGUGACGCUCGCGCUUUGCGAUGCUGGGCUGAGGUUGUUUGUGCCCAGCGUAAAUGGAGGGUGGCCUGACAUCUUCUGGGAAGCAGACGAUCCUAAUGCCUCAUUCUCGGAGGACGUAAUUCCGUCAUGCCUCAGCAUCCUGCCACACUCCGGCACCACCGCUGCCUUUGAGCGAGUCGCAGCCUGGCUUGCCUAUUGCUCCGCCCACCAUGCAAUGUGUCGAACACCGGGUGACGGAAACUUCAUACCUAAGCGACUGCUAGAUGUUGGCUCAGCUGGGGAAGUGGGCAAAGGAGCACCAGACUUCGUUCGCCUCGUCGAACUCGGAACGGCACAACCACGCAAGAGCACGGUACCGUAUGCGGCAUUGAGUUAUUGCUGGGGCGGGGACCUGACAGGCAUCGUCACGACAACAAAGCUGACCGUGGGGGCACAUUAUCGCGGCAUCCCGCUGGACGCCUUGCCCAAGUCCAUCGCGGAUGCCGUCUUAGUCUGCCGAGGCGUCGGUAUCCCUUACCUCUGGGUAGAUGCCCUCUGCAUCGUGCAAGACGACGAGGACGACUGGCGACGCGAGUCGUCCCAGAUGGACGCCGUCUACAUCAAUUCGCAUGUAACCAUCGCGGCGCACCGGGCCACCUCGUGCGGGGAUGGCUUCCUGGGUGAACAGGUCUACGGGCAGCCCGAUUGGCAGCGGACAUUCACCACCACGCUCUGGCCUAGGGGCACCAGAAAUAGCCAAAAGCCGGGCCAAACGAAGAUGCUUUUGCGGCAGAACAACUCUCCGAGGAGCUGGGCGGCCAGGGCGGCUGACGACCAGCGCUCCUCGGCACUAAUGCGCCGCGGCUGGGUGCUCCAGGAGAGUCUGCUCCCGCAACGUAUCAUCCACUACACGGAAAAGGAGAUGGCCUGGGAGUGUGUCGGUAGCUGCACUUGUGAGUGCGGGCACGUCGAACGCGACCAAGAGAAUACCACGCUUCUCAAGACGCAUAUCCUGCAGGGCGGCUCAGUUUGGCAGGAAGAGUUCCCAGAAGCCGUCUGGUUACGACUUGUCGAGGAGUAUACAAGGCGCAGCCUCUCCCGGACAUCUGACAAGCUAGUCGCCGUUUCCGGACUCGCAAAAUGCCUCUUUGCGGGCGGUGCAGAGACUUCACGGAGGCCCGCGGAAAGCCCGAACCCGGGCGAGGUCGCCCUCCGUACCGCGCCCCCACCUGGAGCUGGGCUUCGAUCGAUAGCCCUGUCACAUAUGAUCUACUGA